AUGCCUGUCGUUCAACCACCACCUCGACGUCGCUCUGCGCGACUGAAAGCUUUACAGACACCCUUUCCAAGGGGCAAAAACGCCAUGGAUCCAACACAGGGGCCGGUCACUCGCGGGAGGGGUAGCAAGAGUAGAGGCACACAGCAUCCUGCUGUGGGAGGAGGGUCAGAUCACCCCAAAUUCCAGAUACAGUGGCUAUCUGCACCUUCCGCACCCAGAAAGUCAUUGACCACCUCCAUGACCACCCAGCUGACUGCUGGAUCCUAUUUUCCUCUGAUGCAAAACGACCACAGAAUGAUAGUGACCGUCCCUCGGGCAAAGAUAAACUUUCACAUUACGCGGACGAGCCCGACAAAUUUCAAGACUCGACAAAUAGUCACAUCAACGGACUCAGAAGAAAGUAUCAUGAGUCCUAUGACAAGUUACACUCAACCGGCGCUGGCGCAAAUUUUGAAGGAAUUCCCCUGGUAUGAUGAACUCAUUGACAUCAUGGGGGGGAAUCCAGCAAUAUCCCUCAAGACAGUCUCGUCACACCUGGGAGUAGACCACGCAGCAAAAUAUUUCUCCAUCUCAUGUACCGCCGGCAGCUCGUAUUCCAACAGUCUGGGCUCUGGGAGUGCUCAGUUUAGCGCCCAGCCUUUCUCUCCUCAGCUUCCUCCCGCUGGCGCUCAGCCAUACUCUCCUCAGCUUCCCCCCUCAGCUUCUCAGCCUUACCCGCCCUCUUACCCUCAACCUUACCUGCCCUCUGACACUCAACCUUACCCGCCCUCCAACCCUCAACCUUACCCGCCCUCUAACCCUCAACCUUACCCGCCCUCAGGCGCUCAACCUUAUGUACCCUCGGGCGCUCAGCAUUACCCGCCCUUGGGCGCUCAGCCCCACGGCAGUCAAUACGCGUUUGGCCAUGCCCCUCAUAGCCAGUACCCACAUCACCACCAGUCUGGCGCGCCCCCCGCACGCUCUCGCAACGACCCCAACUCGCUUCUCGAUGACGACGACGACGACAUGCCAAAUUAUUUCAGUCCUCUCAAUCACGACAAUGACAUGGAUUUUUCAUUCGAAGAUCUACCAAAGCCGACUCCCCCCCUGCGACGUGAUUACCGCGACGACCCUCAUGCUAUUAUUCUCGACAGUCCGCUGAGGUCUGCACAUGCUGCAUCCAAACGUCCGGCUCCUCCGUCGUCCCCUUUGCCCCCCAUUACCCCUCCGCCUCAAUCUCAACGAUCUGAAUUCAUGCUGCCGCACACAUCGCAGAUGUCUCACCGGGACAGUCGUGCAUCCUUUGGGAUGUCCAAUCCGCAACGGCGCCCUAGCAUGGGGUCAGUCAAAGUGUCCUCUCGCCGCUCUUCAGGCUCUUUGCGCUCAAAGCCUGAGUUGGCGUCAUCAGCACCUGCAUCAACAUCAAUGACGUCACCAGCCAAUUUCGCGUCAGCAUCCGCAGGAAAAACGAGGCAGGGGAAGAAGCAGUGGUCUGACCUUCAGAGUCAGGUUGGCGCACUCUCUGACGAGAUCGAGAGUGCGCAGUUGGACUGUGUCACUCGGGACGAACUCAAGAACAAGUGGUACAUGGCCAAGGACAACUUCGUGCGCCAAGUCAACGAACACAAAUUCCUCAAAGCUGAAUGUGCGGAUACUUUCGCCGAAGCUGCCACUGCGCAUCAACGUGCCCUGGAGGCCAAGGAGUCCGAGAUUCGUCUUCGAGAAGCAGAGAUGAAGAUGCACGCGGCAUUAGCGCAAGUGCAUGUGGAGGAGGCGGCAACCAUGCGCCUCAAGAUUGAGUUUGCACGUCUUUCUGGGUCUGGGUCUCAGGCUUGA